AUGGCAGGAGCCAGAAUUUCUGAGGAUGAGUUUAUGUGUUCAGUGUGUCUGCGUCUCCUGACAGAACCAGUGGCUCUUCAUUGUGGACACAGUUACUGCAGGAGCUGUAUUACAAGGUGUUGGGAUCAGGAGGAUGAGAACAGUCUCUACAGAUGUCCUCAGUGCAGACAGACCUUCAGCCCAAGACCUGCUUUAGGUAAAAACACCUUGCUGGCUGAAGUGGUGGAGAAACUGAAGAAGACUACACUUACUUCUGACUGUUACGCUGGAGCUGGAGAUGUUCAGUGUGACGUCUGUACUGGAAGAAAAUACAAAGCUGUCAAGUCCUGUCUGAUGUGUCAGGAAUCUUACUGUAAAUCUCACUUUGACUGUCAUGAGGAGUUUCACUCUUGUAAACCACACAAAGUGAUUGAUGCCACUGGACGACUGCAAGACAUGGUCUGUCAGAAACAUGAUAAACAACUAGAAAUGUACUGUAUCACUGACCAACAAUGCAUCUGUGUGCUGUGUAAGGAGUAUGAACAUAAAAACCACAGAACUGUGUCAAGUGAAGCGCAGAGGAUGGAGAAACAGAAACAGCUGGAGGAGACAAAGAUCAAGUUCCAGCAGAGAAUCCAGCAGAGACAGAAAGACCUUGAGCAGCUUAGAGAGGCUGUGGCGUCUCAUAAGCGCUCUGCACAGACAGCAGUGGAGGACAGUGAGAGGAUCUUUACUGAGCUCAUCUUCUCCAUUGAGAGAAGCCGCUCUGAGAUCACACAGAUGAUCAGAGAUCAGGAAAAGGUUGUAGCGAGUCAUGCUGAAGAACUCAUGGAGAAACUGGAGCAGGAGAUUAAGGUUCUUACGAGGAGAGAUGCUGAGCUGGAGCAACUUUCACACACAAAUGAUCACAUCUAUUUCCUGCUGAGUUUCCAGUCUCUUUCAGCAGCUCCUGGAUCUACAGACAUUCCCAUUGUUCCCUUCAGUUCUCUCUCCUCUUUUGAUAACAUAAGAGAAUCUGUGCUUCAGCUGAAAGUCGAACUGGAGAAUUUCUGCAAAGAGGAGAUCAAGAAGAUCUGUGAUAGAGUCACAUGCACCAACACUGUUCCCAAGACCAGGAACGGCUUUCUACAAUAUUCCCAACAGUUCACUCUGGAUCGAAACACAGUGAAUAACUGCCUCCAGCUGUCUGAGAGGAACAGAGUGAUUACUAACACUGGCACAGAUCAUCUGUAUCCUGAUCAUCCAGACAGAUUUGAUUAUAGGUACCAGGCAUUGUGUAGAGAAAGUGUUAGUGGACGCUGUUACUGGGAGAUUGAGUGGAGUGGGCAAUAUGUGUGUAUAUCAGUGUCAUAUAACAGCAUCAGCAGGAAGGGAAAUGAAUGUUUGUUUGGACAUAAUGAUCAGUCCUGGAGUUUGUUCUGUUUUCCCUCCUGUUACUCAUUUUUUCACAAUGACAAAUGGACUGAUCUCCCUGUAGUGUCCACCAGCUCUAGAAUAGGAGUGUAUGUGGAUCACAGUGCAGGAACUCUGUCCUUCUACAGCGUCUCUGACACAAUGAGCCUCAUCCACACAGUCCAGACCACAUUUACUCAACCGCUCUAUCCUGGGUUUAAUGCUUGGUCUAGAUCAUCAGUGAAACUGUUGGGUUGGUGA